AUGAAGCGUUAUAAUGUGACAAGAUUAGCCGGUAGAUUAUCAUCAUCAUCAUCAUCAUCAUCAUCAUCACCUUGGAUUUCAACAGAGAACCGAUACUACCAAGGUUCAACAGUAAUAGCUUCACCUCUGAAGGUAAAAAAAAAAAAAUUAAUCAACCAAGUGAAUAAUUCCAGCAAGCUGGCAGCAAGAUGGAGUUGCGCACUAUUACUGCUGGGCCUGACAUCAAGACUACCAGCAGUUACAGGACAUUGUGACCUGGCAGAAUUGACCUGCCGUGACGGGCGAUGUGUCCCCUUGGACGCCUACUGCAACGGGAGAGACGACUGCGGAGACGGUAGCGACGAGCCAGCACUCUGCACGCCCUGCAACAGGACCUACAAUGGUCGAGAGGGUCGUACCUACGAGCUAGAUCUUCCCCGGCCGACUGAAGCUCGACUGCCGUUCCUCUGCCACUUGACCUUCACAGCCAGCGGACCAGGUCACGGAGAACUUGUCCAGUUGCUGUGGGAUGCUUUCAGCAUCGGGCGUCUGGAAACAGUUAACGGGGACUCUAACGAGCCGUUCUACUCAAGCUGCCCGGAGGGGUCUCUCCAGUUGGCUGAGCUCGGGAAACCCUUCACCGGCGGAUCGUGGUGCGGUCCGGGUGAAGGAAGGGCUUCCUAUUACAGCGAGACUAGCACGGUCACUGCAUCAAUCAGACUGUUCCACGCACCCUCGGCAGUUCCAUUUGAAUUCCGGCUACGCUAUCGCUUCAUUUCUCGCAAUGAAGCUGUUGCAAGGCUGGGAGAGCCUGGACUUACCAUUGAGCGAGGGUCAGCAGUACCUGGUACUUACUGCUCACGCAAUUUUUAUGAGUGCCACAAGAAGCAAUGCCGGGUCCAGAGUCCUAAUUAUCCUGGAGAGUAUCCUAGGAACGCAAGCUGCUUAAUUACUGUCAGGCAAAAAUUCGUGCCGACUUGCAAGCACGCAAUGAUUUCUAUUAAAGCUGCUAGUGGAAUUAAUGCUAUCAAUAGUGGAGCUUCUAUUCUUCACCGAGGAUUGCCGAGUUCAUCUUCUUCUUUUAACAAUACCCUUUACAAUAAUUCUUCAUCUUCUUCAAUAGAUCUCCACAACAAUGGGAAUCAUUCGCUAGCUCAUAAUAAUAUUAAUAAUAAUUACACGAGCAAAUUGAGCGUCUGGCAGGAUUGUCCACCAGAAAAAGACCGUCUAGUGUUCCGAGACGGGCCGAGGCUUGAAGAUCCAAUUCUUCUGGUCUAUUGCGGGGGACCUCUGCCGAGAAUUACAGCCAGAGGACCCGCGAUGCUCAUUGAGUUCCGCAGCUCGCCUCUUGCUAUUCCCCUGGGAUCUUCACCUCUGCGAGUCGAGCUGCAAGUCCCUGUGGUUUAUGUCGACUCGGACGGGCUAGAUUACGCCCGGGGCGAGCAAGGCUGUCACUUCUUCGUAAACGACACCAGUAAACGCAGUGGGAUUCUACGUGCGCCACAGCACACUCUUCCUCUGGGCUCCGUCUGCACCUGGAAUAUCAAAGGGUCGGUUGGUGAUAAAAUUUGGUUUUAUUUUUCGUCGUUUACCCAAAGAGAUUUGACCGGUGGGUCGGAUAAUAAUGCAAGCUCUUUUAGGAAAGAAAAUAGGUAUGAUAGGAGUAAUAGUAAUAAUAAUCAGUGCGCUAUUAAAAUGACCCUCUGGGAUGGACCACCCACUACUGGUGUUUCUAUAGCUUCCCUUUGUGAUGAUACGCCGCGAUUAUGCGCCCAUGCUGCUUUGAGAAACUCCACUAGAAGCACUCGACCCUGUACACUGCUGGAAAGUUAUAUUACUAUUACACCCACGCUUACAUUGAGGAUGGAAGCCCACUACGGGACCGCUCUACGUACUGUUAAUUUUCAGGCUCGUUACGAAUUCAUUUCGACUCUCCAGGGUGGUGAAGCCUGGGGUGAAGGACCUUGCAGCCGUGUCUGGCGAAAAGUCAAAAGUGGUGAAGUAAUGUCACCGAGGGACGUAAGGCUGUACGGGCGAGGAGGAAAAUCGAAAUUGGAAUGCUCGUAUCGCAUUGAAGCGGGCGUAGGCGAACGAAUAAGACUGACAAUCCACAACGUAAGUGUUGGUGACGCGACAAAUUGCAUAAGCGAAUUGGAUAUUCACUCGGGUCGACCGAAAUGUCUUCCCGACAUCGAUACCCGGGAAGCUAAACUUACAUUAUACGAAGCGCCAUGGCGCGAUGUCAAGCUACCCCGGGCAUGUCUCUGCGACAAUACUUCUCACUUGCCUCUCACUUACAUAUCGGUUGGAAAAGCGCUCGAGUUGACAUUUUUGGUGGAUGAACAAGCGCCUUACGAAGACUUUGAAACUCUUUUCUUCUAUGCUAGUUUUGAGCUCAUUCGCGUGCCCGACUGCCCCAGAAAGCAUCGUCUCCGUGGAGAAGGUGGAGAGCUGAGAUUCGUGACCCCACCAGUUUCCAUACCGGAUAUUUACUGCGAGGGGAUGCCGUGGCUUGUCGAGGCGAGAGAAAGCCGAUCAUUAUUUGUAUUGACGUGGGGAUGGUUCCUGCCCCUUGAGCAAGCCACAGAAUCAUCUUCUCUCUCUCCCUCUUCAGUAACUGCAGCAUCAUCGGCAUCAGCAAGCAGCUCACAUCACCAGACAUCUCAAGAUCCCCCAAAACCAUUUGUCAAGUGUCCCACAUCAAACAGAUUACUUCUGUACUCGGGGUGGCCAACUAAGCUCCUCAAGGUUGUGUGUCCUGCUGAGCCUGGAGCUAGGGAUCACACCGUUCAUAUAUUUUCUGAAGAAUGGCUGCUGGCUGCUGGAAACUCCGACGAACACUGGCUUUCCCCGGCGCGCCCGGCGUCGCUGCUGGUUGAGUUUGUCUCCAGAGAACCUGGACAGGCUUCGGCUUCUUGGCUGGAGAUCUCCAAGAGCCGCUCGGCCUUGCACAGGCAACUACGUCUUCCAGGAAGGACCACUGAAAAUGACACCAGCACUGCUGAUUGUCUUCACACUUGUCCUGAGCUCGGGGCCUGCAUUGCUUCCAGUUUGUGGUGUGAUGGACACAUUCACUGCCCCUCGGGCCACGACGAGGCUAAUUGUGGAAGUGGGGCUCGGUUAUUAGGACUACUUCCGCCCGGUAUGUGGCUAAUCGUCGCUGUUAUUUCCGGAAUAGUUACUGCCUUUGCAUGUCUUCUCACAAUACUUCUGUGCAAAUCAAAGGCUCGUGCUAAGAAGCUAUGCUACGACGACGAAGUAAAAAGAUCUGGUGCAGUUCCUAGGAAAGCGCCAACUGAAGAGUCUCUAUUGGGUUCUUGA